ACUGUCCCAGUACUGUCAUCCUAUUAGCUCAAUUUGAUUCGAGAGCUCUGUAAUUGUAUUUGUUUCCAUUGUUCUAUUUGAUUCUUCAUUUUUUCUCCUUGGUUUUCUCCGCUAGGAAGCGGUUUUUCUGGAUUUGUGAUCCAUAUUUCGCUUGGGCGUUUGGGGACUGGAAUAUUGAUUUUAUUUCUGAACUAUUGUAGUCUUUUAUUUCCUAAUCGAACUAUUGUAGUCUAACUUGUCUGAUUAAUUGUAUAAUUUGAACACCGACUCCAGUUCUUGUUUCUGAUAAUCGCGGUUCUGUUAAUCCCACUUUUCUGAUUGGCUGCUGAGAAUUGGUAGGAAACAAGAAGCUAUUAAGCGUAAUCUUUACAAAAACAGAAAAAAAUAUUCGUUUAACUUUGUGCCCGUGGAUUUGGGUUAAUGAUGAACCGGGGUUGGUUGAGAAUCAAAAGUUUUUUCUGACAUUUAUUGCUCGAAUUUGCAUGACGUGCUCUGUUUCUUUGAUUUAUCAAACUAGGGCUGAUACAUAGGAAUUUUACAUGGUGUGUUCUGAUUUAUCUCAUUUCCACUCUCUCUUUUUCUUUUCUUUUUUCAAUUUGGAUGGAAUAGGAUUCACUUUUAAUGAGAGACUAGUUAAUGGAUGUGAAUCAUAUCUCCUGCAACUAAAAAAAUACUGGUGGUUAGGGCUUAAUUUGUUUUAGUUCAGUUCAGUUCAGUGGAAUUCUCGCAAUUUCAAUGCUAACUCGAUGGAGAAGUGAAUUUUUGCUUGAAAAAUGGUUUUACAGUGUAUUUCUUGGUCAUUGUAACCUUUUUUGUAUUUGCCUCAUGUUGCGAACGGAUUGCCAUUAUGUGAAUCCGUUCUGUAUUUCUGUUCAUCCUUCUCUCAUGUUUUCUUUUUUCACAUGCAUUAAAUGAUUUACCUAAAUCUCUUGGAAGUGAAGCUCUGAUGCAAUCUUCUGCUUCUGCAGCUUCUAUUUGUAAGCCUUACUCGUGAUUUGAAAUCUUUGGGUGCCAAUGAGUUGUUCAUUAUAAUGAAUGUUGGCCAGCAAGCAUCUGUGAACGUCAAAGUAUUGUGCUCUGAGCAUUUUUUUUUUCCUGUCAAGUGCUUAGCUUUGUCAAAAAUGCCUUUCUGUCAAAAUGCAUUAUCUUUCUCUGGUUCCUUCAUAUGUUUCAACCAAAAUUUUUAGAUGUAACUCUAGGAAUCUUGUCAAGGUGGGACUUUUAAUAAGAGAAUCAAUAUAUCAAUACGAGUUCCACAUUUAUGCAAUGGUGUCGAACUAUAUUGUGGAUUGUUGCAAUGAUAUGCAAUGGGGUGGUUCCCUCAAUGUCAUUAACAGCCGUUAACAUGAAUAGUUAGCUAUGCCUUUGGUGUUUUUUAAUAGAAUCUUUGGUUAGUUAAUAAAAGGAAAGCAUUUUGUUUGCUCAUGGAAUGUGCCUCUUGUUGACUGGUUUAUGUAUUUGUUUGUUUAAGCUGGAAGUCAGCAUGGGAAAUCGACCCGUUAAGCAACAAAAAAGGGAAGAGGUACUAUUGAAGAUUGUGCCUCCUCUGGAUCCUGCAUAUACUCGGUGGCUUGCUCGGGACAUUGAGCGGAUUCAUGGCUAUACUCCAAGAAAUCCGCGUGCUGUGAAGCCGCCAGAACAUUAUAUUGAAUACAUGCGCUUGCAUGGAUGGCUGGAUGUGGAUUUGGAUGAUCCCGAUCUCGCCCAUUUAUUCAAGUAAUUAAUCAUGUACUUAUCUGAAAAAAUCCCAGUUCAAAUGUAGCUUAAUGUAAAGUACUAGUUGGUUGGAAAGUUGGGAAGGAGAUAGGCCUUUGGCUUGUAGAAGUCGGCCAGUUGUAGUUUUGUUUGCUCUAUGUGCAUUAUUACAAGGUGUUCUGAAUUCUGAUAAAGCUACUGAACAGCAUCUUAUGCAUCUUGUUUCUGAGAAGAUACUUUUCAUAAUUGAAGUCUAUCCUUACCAAGA